AUGCUACGUCGAAUAGAUUUACUGAUAAUUACACUCCUUCUGAUAUUCAUAUCUGUACAAUACAUUACAGCUUAUGUCAUACCCGACAGUAUCAGUUCAACUACAUCAGGUAAUCAAUCCAGAUUACUUGCUGGAGAAUACAUUCAUUUGGAAUGUUUAAGGAUAUACAGUGAAGCUUUUCGUAAUGGUUUUUGGUCUGAUUUUUGUAAUUCUAAUGAAUUAUUGUCACCAUUUCAAAUAUGGACUACACUGUCAAUGUGUGCUCCACAAAAUGUAUGGUAUAAACAAUCAAGAUAUUGGGUAGCAUAUGAACAACCUGGAUUCCUGGGUUCAUAUCUUUUCCUCAAACCUGGAGAGUGUAUAAAUAAUGUAAGACAAUAUGGUUUAAAAUCAAUUGCUUCAAUCGUUGAAUGUGUACAACUCUCUCUAUUUUCACCUUAUCCAUCUUUAACAUGUAAUUAUCCACAACAACCAUGGAGACGAUAUUUUGUAAACACGAAUAUGGCGGAUAUAAGACAAGGACAAGUACCUUCACCUCAACCACUACAAGAAAAUCAAGAUGGACAAAUGAGCAAAGUGGUUAAUUUGGAUAAUAUAUAUGCGGGUAGUUUAAAUGCUGCAGGAAUGCGAGAACCGAAAUAA